CUCACAACGUACACCAACUCGCCUAUACGAAGCCGAAUGAUUGCAGCAUCGUCUGCACAUAGCGAUCAAGAUGCAAGGCUUCAACAUGGGCCGCUACGUGCCGCCCGAUCAGGAGGGCACGACCUCCGGUAACCGCCUCAACCGUAAACGAGCGCCUGGCACCCUACGAGCGGACGGCACGCAGACCGUGCGCUUCGAGAUGCCCUUCGCGGUCUGGUGUCACACGUGCCAGCCGCAUGCGAUUAUCGGGCAGGGCGUGAGGUUUAAUGCGGAGAAGAAAAGGGCAGGGAAAUACUAUACCACGCCGAUAUGGAGCUUUCGGAUGCGCCAUCCCGCCUGCGGCGGCUUCAUCGUCAUUCAAACGGACCCGAAGAAUACCGCCUACGUGGUCACGGAAGGCGGCAUUCCCAUCUUGACGCCUGCGGAGCGCGAGCGCAGGCGUGAAGAUGCGUUCGCGCAGCUAGAAGGCCAGGUAGAGGAGAAACUGGCGGUCAAGGACAACACGAAGCGUAUUGAAGAGUUGUAUCGGGCGCGUAAGCGAGACUGGGAAGAUCCGUUCGCCGCGAACCGAAGGCUGAGGACGGAGUUUCGGAAGGAGAGCAAGAAGAGGAAGAGGGAUGAGGAAGCUACCCAGGCGCUGAAGGAGCGUCUAGGCACGGACAUGGAGUUGUUACCGGAGACGGAGGAGGAUGCGCGGAGGGCGGAGCUGGUGGGCUUUGGCGUGGAUGAUGAGGUGCAGGAGCAUGAUGGGCAUGAUGAGGCCAGCCGCAAGGCACUUUUUGACAAGUCGACAGCAUCGCCGCUACCUAGACGAUCAGACAAACGGGAAGAAGGGCGGAGGGAGGCCUUGCGACGACGCUUACUCGCAAACACUCGAGCAGCGAGCAACCCGUUUAGCAAUACAGGUCCGAAGGCCGAACGAUGACUGCAUCUCGUUUCCAGCAUAAGAUGGUACAACAAUCGACUUGUAGACAGAUGCAUGUCGUCACUCAACUGCCCUCGUCUAAAUUACACUCUGCCGCAAAAUGCUCCCCAUAGUGGACAAUAGCAGCGUGCUCAAUGCUGCCGGC